AUGAGCGAGAGUAUUCGAUUUGUGUUAACUUUAACUGUUUUACUUUGUAUCGUCACUCCGCUUCUAGCCAUCGACAAGUUGCCUUACCAACACUUUAUUGAGAGCUACAUUCCCGGGAAAGUCUCCCUCUUGUCCUCGUUUGCCAAAAGAAACAAAGGUGCCACCACCGCUAUCGCCAUAGUUCUAGCCUCGGUUGCUAUAUUCUACCCACUUGCAUUCAACGUCCCACAACUAUUACACAAAGUAUUCAGCUCCAUGAACUCCAAUUACAGAUUCCUUUCGUCCAGCGGUUUUGGCUCCCGCUUUGGUGGCUCUAGCACGUCUUCCAACUCUAGGGAGGCUCGCUUCGCCAUGAAGAACGGAGGAGAAUUGGGAGGCAUCAGUAACGACGGCAACACCUGCUUUAUGAAUUCUGUGAUUCAAUCCUUAGCAUCCUCAAAACAGCUUGUGCAAUUCAUUGAAAGAAACGUAAAUGCUGAAGCUCUGCUUAUGCUCGAAGCUGGUGGUAUGUCCGCCGCUAGAAUGGGCUCUUUCAAGACAAACCUAACAUUCACUAGAGCGCUCAAAAAAUUGCUCAGUGAUGUCAACGGAGCAUACGGCUCUAGGGGCAAGGAAUUCAGCACGAAGCCUUUACUUCACAAGAUGCCUAAUGGCCCUAAGCAAAACUUCUUCACAGGAUACAACCAAGAGGAUGCACAAGAGUUCUACCAGCUUGUCAUGAGAAUUGUCGAGAAAGAAUAUAAGAGUAUCUCCACAUCUAGAGAAGGUACCCCAGAACCCGAAUCAGCAUCGGAACAGAAAGAGAAGCCAAUCAAGUUUAUUGAUGCGAGCAACUUGGCCAACUUACCCUCAGGCUGUGAUGAGCUCGGUAGACUCGGAAAGGUAUUUGUUCCCGCACAUCAAGUGGACCCUAAUAUUCCCGACAAUGAAAAGAAAGUGCUUCCUCUUGAACUUGUUACUCCUGUGGAUGGUGUGUCUGCCGAACGUAUUGGUUGUCUCACCUGUGGAGAGGUAGGCGGUAUACGUUAUUCAGUCCUCAGUGGUUUGAGUUUAAACUUGCCUUAUAAUGCCAAUCAUUACAGCAGUCUCACUUUGCAUCAGCUUCUCAAUGAAUGGAGCAAACCAGAGAGAAUCGAUGAGGUUAACUGUAAUAGAUGUGGUUUGAUUCAAACCAAAGAAUUUCUUUUGAGCAAUCUUGAAGGUAGUUCGAAUGAGCGAUUAAUCUCCGACUUCAAGAAGAGAAUUGAAGAGAUAGAUUCUGAAUUGGCGAAGGAUCAUAUUGCUGAUGAGAUUUUUGAGCGUCUCACCACCAAGAGCAUGAUCAGAAAGACGACGAAAACUAAGCAAGCUCUUUUGAGCCGCCCUCCGCCUCUUCUUUGCAUUCACAUAAACAGAUCUGUGUUCGACCCUCGCACUUAUAUGAUCGUCAAAAAUUCAAAGGCCGUAAGCUUCCCAUUGAAGCUUGACCUUAAUCCGUAUGUGGCAGAGCCCAGUGAUAUAAAUAUGGAUGCCAGACUUCCUUUUAGAAAGCAAGAUGCUUCAUUGGAGGCAAACGGCAAGACGGGAGCAAAUGGCAUAGUCGAGGAUGAUGAUAUUGAGUUAAUGAAUAUCCCCUCAGAACAGCCAAUCGACACCAUUAAAGGUAACCCAGAUCUCCUUUACAAUCUAAAAGCCGUCAUAUCGCAUUAUGGCACACACAACUAUGGUCACUACAUUUGUUACAGAAAAUACCGUGGCACUUGGUGGAGGAUUAGUGAUGAGUCUGUUUAUGUUGCUAAUGAACAUGAAGUUUUGAACUCUCAAGGCACUUUCAUGUUGUUCUACGAGUGGGACGAUAAGGUGCCUGAAGUUUUGCAACAGCUUGACGACGAACCAUCAGAAAAAGAUAAAGCGUCUUCCAUCAUUGAUGGCGACUCCAAAGAUGACGAAAUGGAUGGAGAAUCCAAUGAUAGAGAAAGCUCGCUGCUGUCAUCGUCCGAAGAAGAUAAUAAUAAUGACGUGAUGGACGAAAUCAGUGCAGAUGAUUCGAAUUCCCAUGAAUCAGUCAGUGGCGAGAGCUUUGAAAAAAAUUCACAGCAAAACAAGGAUUCUUUAGUCUCACAAGACCAACCAUACCGUCUAGGUGAGGAGAGAGCAUUCCAUGUGUAA